AUGCCGAUAAGGCCACCAAAUCCGAAUCCAUUGUUGAACGCUAGUAGGUAUUCACGUCUAUUUCUACAAUGGGUAUUUCCAUUGAUUUCAAAAUGUCGUAAACAAGGAACACUUGAUGUUAACGAUCUCUAUGAACUUCUUCCUGAUUAUGAAGCAGCAGCAUUAACGGAUAAACUUGAAGCAAAUUGGUUUGCUGAAACUAAACGAAAUCCUAACAAACCGAGUCUAAUUCGAGCUACAUUAUGCACUUUGAGAUGGAAACCAUUUCUUAUUGGUCUUAUUCUUAUUCCUUCUGAAUUUUUUGAUAUUAUCCAACCACUCUUACUUACAUUUCUAAUGAAAUUUUUUGAACCAUGUUCUACGAUGCCAGCUUGGCAUGCUUGGCUUCUAGCUAUGAGUACAAUUUUUACAGCAUUUUGUUCUAGUGUUAUUGUCAAUUAUGGAAUUUACUUAAAUAAUAACUUGGCUUUACAAAUGCGUGUUGCUUAUAGUGGUCUAAUCUUUCGAAAAACAUUUCUUUUACUUGACGAAUCCGAACGAGACAAUCGAUUAUUGUCUCGAUCACAUUCCGAACUUGCAUACAUCGAACAAAAUGAAUCAACAAUAGUGAAAAAUAAUCCAACACAAUUACCAAAAGUUAUAUGCAAUUUGAAACAAGCACAAUGGGAAAAGAACGGAUCAUUUUGUCUUAAAAACAUUGUAUUCGAUGCUCAUCCAGGUGAUUUGAUCUGUAUCAUUGGACCUGUCGGAGCUGGAAAGAGUUCACUUUUGCAAACACUCACUGGUGAAAUUGCAAUUUUCGAUGGAAAAGUUCGAAUGCAUGGUUCAUUCUGUUAUGUACCACAAGAAUCAUGGAUAUUUUCUUCAACUAUUAAAACAAAUAUUCUCUUUGGCAAAGUAUAUGAUCGUAAUUUAUUUCACAGGGUUGUUAAAGCAACUGCACUCGAUACAGAUUUUGCUCAAUUACCUAAUGAGGAAAAUACUCUUGUUGGUGAUCAAGGUGUUAUGUUGUCUGGAGGUGAAAUGGUACAAAUUGGUACUUAUACUGAUCUGCUUGCUUCAUCAACAUCAUUUGCUCGUUUACUUGAUGAUAUUCAUCAAUUUGAACA